AAUACGUUCUUCUCGCGAGAAGAAAGUCCGUUGAUCCAAACGAGUUGAAGGACUCGCGAGUGUCACCAAAGCUAUGGAUAGUCCAUUUUAAAACAGACAAAAGAAAAAAAAAGUAAAAGAUUUUAAUCUCUUAAUGUUUAUUGUAAUUAUUAUUAUAAGCAGUGUUUCACCAAGCUUUCUGAAAUUUACGUCAACGACCGUCGCCUUGAUGCUUGAAUAUUUUAUAAAUCAAGAAAUUAAAAAAAUUAAAGAUAAAAAAAGAUUGUAUUUGUUAAAUUGUCACGGUUUCAAUAUUGUUUAUUGCAAGGAAAGAUAUGUGGUGAAAUGAAUUGUAAACUCUUUUAAAAGUAUUAUUUUGGUAAAAUUACCGAACACAUUCAUAUAAAGUCAUAUUAGACGUAGUAAUGAUAUAAUAUUAUAUUUGUUAUCACAGUAGUAGCAUGUAAGGUCGUGUAUAUGCGUGUAAUUAUUGUUAGAAAAGAUUUAGCAAUUAGUACAAUUAGUAUAGUUACAGUAAUUAUUUAGUAACGAGACCAACUGCGAAAUUGCAAUCUUCGCGCACAACAGCUGCGAUUGCCGAAACAUUCUUUGCUACAUGGAUAAAAAAAAUAUCCAUUCGCGUACAAAUCCGUCCAUUUUUGUACCUAAAGCGUUUUAUUUCUACAAAAUGUUGCAAUAUACAAACUAUAAACUAUGUUUUUAAGUGUGGAAUCAAAAGGAUCUCUUUCUACGUAUUUUAUAUUUAACGGUAACUUAUCUGUGUUUCUUUAUACAUCUUUCUAUAUGUAAAUUAUGUCUAUUUAUCAGGUUGCAGCUGAUGAUAAAUUUGUGCAGCAACAUUGAUAAGAAUGCACAUGCGAAAUUUGUUCAUUAAAGUUUCAUGCUCUAUAUGUAUUUUCUUUUUUAUCAAAUGCUUGUAUUUUGUAUAAAAAUAAAAUAAAUAUAAAGGUGUAAAGAUUAAAGUUUAUUGAAUAUUUAUCUUAUUUCAUCGAAAUAUGGAGAAUAGUUUUUGGAUGUCUCUUAACGUUCGUUUUACAUGCAGACGAUAUAAAAGAGAUGUUAUAAAAUCGAAAUAUCGAUUGCCGAAACAUUCUUUGCUAUUCGGAUAAAAAAAAUAUCCAUUCGCGUACAAAUCCGUCCAUUUUUGUACCUAAAGCGUUUUAUUUCUACAAAAUGUUGUAAUAAAAUUGUAAAAAUGUUCUUGAAUGAAAGAGGAUAUAAAGAAAAAUCUAGUAAAAAAUGGGAAAGCAUAAGUACUUAUGUCAUUCUUUCUCUUCUCCAUGCUUCUUAUACACGAAGUUAGUCAUUCUAUAGCAUGACAAUGAUUUUAAUCGAGGAAACAAAAAUAUGCAAAACAUGUCCUUGUAAAUGUCAAAAAGUUUGAAAUAGAAUCUUUUCACGUGUGCGUAUAUGUUAGCACUCGUUUUACGUUGUAAUAUGUUAUGUCGUGACAUUAUGUCAUAUGUUAUAUAAUAUUACUACGUUGAAUAUCCGUGAAGGGCAAAAUGGUAAGAAGCAAAGCGGGAAAGAACAGAGCGGCGAGGGUAAAAUUACCAGAAAUAAAUAUGCAUGAUUCAAACCAGCAGAAGCUGUUGCAGCACAAAACCAGCAGAUGCGUAUCAGUGAUAAUCAAGCCGCUGAGGAUAUUUCAAUUCGUGCGUAUUAGAAAUCUUAUUAUUUCAUUCAAUUGCUUGAAUGAAAUAAUUAAUAUCAGAAAAAUAUCAGAAUGGAUAAUCUUUCGCGCUAUAAAAUUUUCUUCCUCGCGACAGUUUGCGGUGCUGCUAGUGUUCGCGUUCACGAUCUACAUGAUCGUUAUGGAUCCUAUGCCGAUAAGCGCACUCGCCUGCAUCCUCCUGAUUGUCCUAUCAGGCGUAUACGUUUUCGUCUUAGCCGUCGAGUUGAUCAGUCACUUUGCCGGGGGCGCCUUACACGUUAUUCCGGUAAUUUACGACGCACUGUGCGCAUUACUGUUCAGUGAAAUCAGAGUCACGUAAAAAAAAACACUGCUUGAAACUUGAUGUCUUUAAAAUUUUAAGCGUCUUUUAAGAACGCAGACCAAACGCAUUCAAGAACACAUUUACCAAAACGUGAUACAUCAACAAAUUGAAUGAAAGAAUAUUUAUUGCGCGCAUUGUAUAUUUAUUAUUAAUAAAUGUUAAUAAUAAUUUU